GGGUGACGCGGCAGCUCCCGCGGGGCAUAAAUAGCGGCGGCAGCGCUGCUCCUGCUGCAGACACGUCGAGGGAUCCUGCUUCCUCACGCUGCGGCGCUGUGCCAUGCAGUGAGCUACUCGGCCCAGGCACACCACGCCCGGACAGACACCCCGACCUGCGCUUACCAGCCACGCCCGGUUCCUACCGCUACUCAAGAUGGCUAAAGGCAGCGCCCUCCUGCUAGCCUGGCUCCUGUUGGCUGCGACCCUGUCAUCUACUCUGGGACUUGGGGUGCCAGUGAAGGAGAAGAGAGGCUGGACCCUGAACAGCGCUGGCUACCUUCUGGGCCCACAUGCCAUUGACAACCACAGAUCUUUCAGUGACAAGCAUGGCCUCACAGGCAAGCGGGAGCUACAGCUGGAAACAGAAGAAGGAAGACCAGGAAGUGUUGAUGGACCCCUGCCUGAGAGCAACAUUGUGCGCACCAUAAUGGAGUUUUUGAGUUUCCUGCACCUUAAAGAGGCCGGGGCCCUCGACAGCCUGCCUGGCCUCCCUUUGGCCACCUCCUCAGAAGACCUAGAGCAGUCCUGAGACCACACCCACCCAGCUUCUGCCCUAUGUUGUAACUUAAAGUCACUCUAGGCAGAAUCUUCUGCCAGCUCCUCAAGCAAACCCUCUGUUUUCUGCUUUGAUGCUGUGUUGUUAUAAUUAAGAUGUUUUGAUUGGAGUAAUUAAAUUGUGUGACACAAUAAAGACUAGCAAGUA